GACUACUAACUUUUAUAUGCGUUUUGAUUCACUGGUAAAACCAGAAGUGCAAAACUUACGACAGAAAAACUUCGAAUUUUCAAGCCUGAUAAAUUCUACGGCUAAAAAUUAUUUUAUAGAAUACGUUCUGCAUAGCUGAGCAUUAUAAUGCUUUGAAAAAUCGAAACAAACUAAUUUUAGUGAAGAAAUUUGUCGUUAUCUUUCGCAGUGUUGCCUUAUUGAGCUGUCAGUUGAUCUUUUUUUAACCUAUGAGAAGGUUUCGUCGGUCUUCUUUGACUUUGUGUUGUGGAGUCUGUGAAAGUGUUCGUGGUGGAUAUAGAAUGCAGAAAAAUCAGCAGCUAUUUUUAAUCCUCGUCUCCUCUUUAUUCGUUCUCUACUGCAUAUACAGUGGUGUCAAUAAGUGGAUUGACAAUGCUGUUGCAGCGAGGAUGGCUGAAAUUGACCAAAAAAUAGUUUCUUCUCAGAGUUUUAAGGACACGAUUCAGAAACACGUGGUGGAUCCUAUUAAGGGAGAGAUGGAACACUUGGACCUCAGAAUAAGAAAUGGCGCGAAACCGUUUGCAAAUGUGACCAAACUGAAUAUCCAAGAACGAAAACGAAUUCUGGUGACUGGAGGCGCUGGCUUUGUUGGAUCGCACUUGGUUGACCUUCUGAUGAGGCAAGGUCACGAGGUGACAGUAGUGGACAACUUCUUCACUGGAAGGAAGAGGAACAUAGACCAUUGGUUGCAGCACCCAAACUUCGAACUCAUCAACCAUGAUGUCACUCUGCCUAUAUACUUGGAGGUGGAUGAGAUAUACCAUCUGGCGUCUCCCGCCUCCCCUCCUCAUUACAUGUACAACCCCAUUAAGACAGUGAAGACGAAUACGAUAGGCACUAUCAACAUGUUAGGCCUGGCCAGCAGAGUCAAGGCCAAGCUACUCUUCGCAUCAACCUCAGAAGUAUACGGAGAUCCACUUCAGCACCCCCAGUCGGAGACUUACUGGGGCAAUGUGAAUUCCAUGGGACCCAGAUCCUGUUAUGACGAAGGCAAAAGGGCGGGAGAGACACUCUGUUACGCAUACAACAGCAGGAACUAUGUGAACAUCCGAGUCGCCCGAAUUUUCAAUACGUUCGGCCCGCGCAUGCAUAUAAACGAUGGUCGAGUGGUGAGCAAUCUGAUUGUCCAAUCACUAAAGGGGGAGCCACUUACCAUUUAUGGAGAUGGUGCAAUCACUCGCUCUUUCCAAUAUGUCAGUGACUUGGUAGCUGGUUUGGUGAAAUUGAUGGAUAGCAAUGUCACCACCCCUGUCAAUCUCGGAAACCCUGACGAGUAUUCGAUUGGAAACUUCGCCAAAAUCAUCAAGGAAAUGACAGAUUCGCCUAGUGAAAUCAAGUACAUGCCGAAAGUAGUAGAUGACCCGCAGAAACGGAAACCGAACAUUUCGAAAGCAAUGAGAGAGUUAGGCUGGAAACCAAUCGUGCCAGUCAAGAAAGGACUUGAGACAACAAUCAAGUACUUCAAAUCGGAGAUCUACCGGGACAGCACGUGGGAACCAUUCGCAGAUGUAAAGUCCGUUGUUAGCAAAAAAGAGGACUGAUUGUUGAAAAAUUUAAAAUAAAUCUGCUGCUAUGAAACGUAGCAUACGCGCCUUGAAUUGUCAAGAUGAAAUAGAAGGCUCUUUCGUCAAGUCCCCGCCCCUCUCUUGACUGAGUUUUGAAACAUGUUUGUAAGUUUUCUAUGUUUCUAGCGGUAGUAAUUUUCAAAUUUGGAUCCUGUUGCUGUCAUUUGAGUAGCACUUACGUUAAUAAAUGAGGAAUUAUUAAAGGAGCCAAUUGAUACCAUAGAUUAAUAACUUCACACAUUCAAAAGAACGAAAACGUUCUUGUUAGGAAAACCUUGUUAGUACACAACCAUAAACUUAUUUUAUGGUUUAAUAGUUUCUGUAUCUUCUAUAAAUAUCGGUGCUGGUAAUAUACUUACUUAAACUUCAAUAUUAGUUGAACUAGUCUAUUUUACUUCAGAGGGUAAGUUUUGCAGAUAGUUUUAAAACUUUAUCAGUGCUAAUGUUGUUACAUAAUUAACGAUCAUAUCACUCUUUCAAUGUAAAUAAUUUUGCUGUUUGAUCUUUUAAAUGUUUAUGUUAUUACCCUUGCGAUAAGUAAGGGUAUUGCAACCGGCUACUAGAUUUUUUACCCUAAACACUUCGUUCACAGAAUGGUCAAUUUAAUAAUUCACGAUUUCUAAGUA